GGGCCGGCUCUGUAGGUUUCUCUGUAAUUCGUGUGAUCCACCCUUCGAUGAUUUCCCGUGAUUUUGGUGAAGAUUUGAGGAGUCGAUUGCACGGACUAUUGAUCUGCUGCUGUGAAUUUUGAGAUGUUGGGUCAAUUUAUCGGUGAUGUUCAUCAUGAUCUUGCUGGUGAAUAUGGACGAUUGGCGAUGCCUUUCGGGUUCGCGACUCGAAAGUAGCUCGUGGCUUGGCCUCCUUAUAUAUAUAUAUAUAUAUAUAUAUUAUGUGAUGCUGUUGCCUUCAGUUCAUGGACCACUAACCACUUGUAAGGUCAACUAAGCUGCUUCAGCUUGGGAUUCCAAAUUUUAUAGGUGAAUAACUUUGUGUAAAAAAGAUCGACUGGGUAAACUCUUCCCUCUCUUUGCUUCCACUCUAAGACUAUUUAUUGAGCGGCUCCAAGAAUGAUAUACUAUACUGAGAGCUUAGAUGAAUCCAGAUGGGACCAUUCUGCUAUAAACAAGUUGAAUAAAGCAUUGGAGCAGAUUUAUCUUGAAUCUGUAUGGUCUUGGGCAUGUAAAACUAAAAUCACUCUGUAUUUCGAGGGCUUCUUUUGGGUCCACUUAUAAGGUCACUUUUGUAAUAAUACCCAACAUCGGUGGUAUUUCUUUAUCUGUAUAUGCUAUAUAAACUCUUAUUUUAGAAGAACUCCUGGCUUGCAAUAGAAAUUGGCAACCAUGGCUAUGGCUUUCAAGAUGGCGACGACAGGUAUGUGGGUGACUGAGGAAUGCAAGACCUCAUUCAUGGAGAUGAAGUGGAAGAAGGUCCACAGGUACAUAGUGUUCAAGAUUGAUGAGGGCUCCAAGCUAUUCACGGUCGACAAGGUUGGCGCAGCCGGAGAAGGCUACAAUGAUCUCGCUGCAGCCUUACCGCAGGACGACUGCCGUUACGCUGUCUUCGAUUUUGACUUUGUCACCAUCGACAAUUGCCGGAAGAGCAAGAUCUUCUUCAUAGCCUGGGCGCCGACAGGAUCAAGAAUCCGGGAGAAAAUUCUGUACGCAACGUCGAAGGAUGGAUUGAGGAGAGCAUUGGAUGGGAUUCACUAUGAGUUGCAAGCAACGGAUCCAACAGAGAUGGGGUUUGAUAUCAUCAAGGAUCGAGUGCUCAAAUAAUUGAUGAUUAAUCAAUCCAGACCUCUUUCUUCAUCAUAAGAUAAUGUGAGCAUCUUUCAUGAAUAGCCUUUUUUUUGUCAAAUCUUGGUUUGGAAUUUAACAACUGUAGUUUAAUUUAAUAAUCUCCACUUGUUGAUUAUGCAGUAUGGGGUGGCUGUUUAUGCUGUUUUGCCACCAUUAAAUAAGAUUAAAAGUGUUAGUUUCA